GUGCUGCAGGAUCCGUGAGCUUCCGAACUACACCAUGGAACUCCGGGGGCUGCUGUGGCUGUGGCUGACCUCUCUCCUUGCCCUACAGGCCAUUUGUACAUGGGGUGCACCCACAGGCCAGUCUAAAAACAGCAAGAAGCGACAGACUGUGGACACAACCGUGGAUGGAGUGAUCAUCCGGAGUUUGAAAGUCAACUGCAAAGUCACCUCUCGCUUUGCUCACUAUGUCAUCACCAGCCAAGUGGUCAACAAUGCCGACAAGGCCAAGGAAGUGGCCUUCGACGUGGAGAUCCCCAAGACAGCUUUCAUCAGUGACUUUGCCAUCACAUCAGAUGGGAGCGUGUUUGUUGGGAACAUAAAGGACAAAACACUUGCAUGGAAGCAGUACAGAAAGGCAGCCGUCUCAGGAGAGAAUGCUGGUCUUGUCAGGACAUCUGGGAGAACAAUGGAGCAACUCACCAUCCACAUCACUGUGGGGCCCCACAGUAAGGCCACGUUUCACCUGACCUAUGAGGAGGUGCUGAAGCGACACCUUAUGCAGUACGACAUUGUCAUAAAAGUCAAGCCUAAACAGUUGGUGAACCAUUUUGAAAUCAAUGUGGACAUCUUUGAGCCCCAAGGGAUCAGCAAGCUAGAAGCCCAUGCUCCCUUCCUCCCCAAGGAAUUGGCCACGCAGCUCAUCAAGAAAUCUUUCUCUGGGAAAAAGGGCCAAGUGCUUUUCCGCCCCACCAUAAGCCAGCAACAGUCCUGCCCCACCUGCUCCACCUCUUUGAUGAAUGGGGUUUUCCGGGUGACCUACGACGUCCACCGAGACAAGACCUGUAACCUCCUGGUUGCCAAUAACUACUUUGCCCACUUCUUUGCUCCCCAAAACCUGACAAACCUGAACAAGAACUUGGUUUUUGUCAUUGACAUCAGCACCUCCAUGGAAGGCCAGAAAGUAAAGCAGACCAAGGAGGCACUCCUGAAAAUCCUGGGGGAUAUGCGACCAAAUGACUACUUCGACCUGGUCCUGUUUGGGACUGGCGUGCAUGUGUGGCGAGGCUCGCUGGUGCAGGCCUCCCCUGCCAACCUGCAGGCAGCUCAGGACUUUGUGCGGCGCUUCUCCCUGGCCGGGGCCACAAACCUGAAUGGAGGGUUGCUCCGGGGAAUUGAGAUCUUAAACCGAGCACAGGUCAACCUCCCAGACCUGCACGACCAUGCGCCCAUUCUCAUCAUGCUGACAGAUGGCGAGCCCACCGAGGGAGUCACAGAUCGUUCCCAGAUCCUCAAGAACGUCCGCAACGCCAUAAAGGGCCGGUUCCCACUCUACAACUUGGGCUUUGGCCAAAAUGUCGACUUCAACUUCCUGGAUGUCAUGUCCAUGGAGAACAAUGGACGGGCUAAGAGAAUCUUCGAGGACCAUGAUGCCACGCAGCAGCUACAGGGUUUCUACAACACAGUUGCCAACCCCCUGCUGAUGGACGUGGAGCUGCAGUACCCACAGGACACGGUCUUGGGGCUAACCCAGCACCGGCAUAAGCAGUAUUACGAGGGGUCAGAGAUCGUGGUGGCUGGCCGCAUCGCUGACCACAAGCUGGGCAGCUUCAAGGCAGAUGUGCUGGCCCAUGGGGAAGGCCAAGAAUUCAAGACCACCUGCCUUGUGGAUGAGGAGGAGAUGAAGAAACUGCUCCGGGAGCGUGGCCACAUGCUGGAGAAUCACAUUGAGCGCCUUUGGGCCUAUCUCACCAUCCAAGAGCUGCUGGCCAAGUGGAGGAAGUUAGAAGGGGAAGAGAAGGCCAAUAUCUCUGCCAAGGUCCUGCAAAUGUCACUGGACUAUCAGUUUGUGACCCCCCUGACAUCCAUGACCAUCCGUGGCAUGACGGACAAAGAUGGCCUACAGCCUGUGAUUGACAAGCCUGAAGAAGAUGACCUGCCCUCCGAGAUGGUGGGACCCCGCAAAACCUUCGUGUUGUCCAGCUCACAGCCUCCCCAGAAAAGCUCCAGCUUCAAUCCCCAGCAGCUGCCAAACCAAGUGACGGGAGUGGACACUGACCCCCAUUUCAUCAUCCAUGUGGCCCAGAAAAAGGACACCCUGUGCUUCAAUAUCAAUGAGGAACCGGGGGUGAUCCUGAGUUUGGUGCAGGACCUGGACACAGGCUUCUCAGUGAAUGGGCAGCUCAUUGGCAACAGGGCCCAGAGCCCCAGUCAGCAUGAAGGGACCUACUUUGGGCGUCUGGGCAUUGCGAACCCUGCCACAGACUUUCAGUUGGAAGUGACACCCCAGAACAUCACGCUGAACCCUAACUCUGGGGGGCCUGUGUUCUUCUGGAAUGAUCAGGUUUCAUUGCGGCAGGACGGGGUGGUGGUGACCAUCAAUAAGAAACAGAAACUGCUGGUGUCCGUGGAGGACAGGGGCACCUUCGAGGUGGUCCUGCACCGUGUCUGGAAGCCAAGUGCCUCCCGUCAAGACUUCUUGGGUUUCUAUGUGCUGGAGAGCCAAGGAAUGUCUGGGCGGACCCAUGGGCUACUGGGACAGUUCUUCAGGCCCUUGGAUUAUAAAGUGUCUGAGCCCCACCCAGGCUCUGACCCCAACAAGAUAGAUGCCACCAUGGAGGUAAAGAACCGCCGGCUGACAGUCACCAGGGGCUUGCAAAAAGAUUUCAGCCAGGACUCAAGGCAUGGGGUCCGGGUGAGCUGCUGGUUCAUCCAUGACAAUGGAGCAGGACUGAUCGACGGUGUCUACACGGACUACAUUGUCCCUGACAUCUUCUGAGCCCCCUGGCCAGUACCCAUCAUUCCUUAGGACUAUGGCAGAGAAGGAGG